UCAAAGCUGAAUCCACUAGAAAUGGAGGAACUCUGAAGUCCAGUGAGCAUCUUAAUUCUCUUCUAUAUUAACCUACGCAAUUCUUCCAUCUCUCCUAGCCUUCACUCUCAUCUGGGUUUCACUUUAUUCUGUGGUUCUGCGUUUUUCAGGUCUAUGGUCGUAGUGCAAAUUUGAAGCUGAAGGAAGUUUAAGGAAGAAAAUGACAAAGAAGAAGAACCCUUUGGUAUUUCUGGAUGUCUCAAUUGAUGGAGACCCCAGGGAAAGAAUGGUUUUUGAGCUGUUUUAUGAUGUUGCUCCGAAAACGGCGGAGAAUUUUCGUGCACUGUGUACAGGAGAGAAAGGAAUUGGCCCUAAAACUGGAAAACCACUACAUUAUAAGGGAUCUUUUUUUCAUCGGAUUAUUGGAGGUUCUAUGGCACAGGGUGGAGAUUUUGUCAAACGAGAUGGUACAGUUGGAGAGAGCAUUUAUGGUGGAAAGUUUCCAGAUGAACUUCCUCGACUAAAGCAUGAUGGACCUGGUCUUCUAUCCAUGGCAAUUGCUGACCGUGACACUUUAGGCUCCCAUUUUCUUAUCACAUUUAAGGCCAAUAAUCAUCUUGACAGGAAGCAUAUAGUAUUUGGAAAGCUUGUCCAAGGUUUUGACGUACUGAAAAAGAUGGAAAGAGUGGAUGUAGAAGAUGGCAUUCCAACUGUUACAGUGAAAAUUGUCAAUUGUGGCGAGUUUAAUGAAGAAAAAAGGAAGAUGAAUAAAGCGAAAGCAGGAAAAAAUGCUUCAGAUGAUGAUAGUCAGGAAGAAAAGCGAAGAGGAAAGCCGAAAAAAUCAAGGGAAAGGAAGAGGAGGAAGAAAAAAUACGACACGUCUGAUUCAGAUAGUUCUUCUGAUUCAGAAUUAGACUCAGACUCAGAUAGUGAUUCUGACACUGAUUUGUCAUCAUCCUCAUCAUCUUCUGAAAGUUCUUCCAGUGAUGACAGGUCUAGAAAGAGAAAGAGAACUUCUAAGAGAGGCAGAUAUAGGCGUGGGAGGAGAAAGGAUAAGAGACGCCGAAAGAGACGGAGACAUGAUAAGAAGUCAAGAAGAAAAUCUAAAAGGGACUUGGACAGUCUUUCGGAUACUGAAAGUGAUAGCAAGAGCAGAAGCACUUCUGAGCAAGAUGGCCUUGAUGUUCAAGGGAAAGAUCUAAAUCGUAAAGGCUUAUCAGGGAAAUCUGCUGAAGAUGUACCUCAAGCUUCAGAUGCCCGCCACAGAAGGAGAGGAGAGGUGGAUGUGGUGGAAAAUGAUGGUGAGAGAUCCCCCAAGGAGAAUGGUGAGCGGAGGAGCAAUGGUGUUGCUGCUGUGGAUUCUAAAUCUGACAGAAGCUCGGAAAGACAACCUGAUAUUGUAGAUGACCACCCUGGAAAAUCUAGGAGUCGAAGCAUUAGUCCUAGAAGGACGAUGAGUAAGAGUAUGAGUAUUAGUCCCAGAAAGACUCGCAGCAAGAGCCGCAGUGUUAGUCCAAAACGAAGUAUGAGCAGGAGUCGAAGUGUUAGUCAAAGCCCACCACAAGCAUCAUCGAGGAGGAGCAAGAGCAUCAGUAGAAGUCCUAUUCGAAAUGGAAGCAGGAGUGUCAGCAGAAGUCCUGUUAGAAAUGCUAGCAGAAGCCCAGGUAGAAGUAUUAGCAGGAGCCCAGGUAGGGGAAGGAAAGGUAGGAGUAUCAGUAGAAGCCCAUUACGAAGCGGGCAUCAGAGAGGUAUUAGCAGAAGCCCCGUGAGAUCCAAUCCACAAAGAAGUCCAAGCAGGAGCCCACCUAGAAGAGCCUCUAGAAAAUCAAUUAGUAGGAGUCCUGCAAGAGUUUCCAGAAGUGUAAGCAGAAGUCCGGUGAGGUCCUCUCGUCAGAGUUUGAGCAGAAGCUCAGGUAGGGCCCCUUCUAGGAGGAGUAUCAGUCGAAGUCCUCGAGCGCCAGCUAGGAAUCGAAGGAGCUACUCUAGGAGUCUUACCCCCAUCCGAAGGCCAAGGUCACCGACAUCUGAUAGAGGGAUGAGUGCAUCAAGAAGUGUUUCUCCAGAAGGGUCUCCAAAGCGCAUCAGAAGGGGGCGUGGUUUUAGUGAGCGUUAUUCAUUUGCUCGUAGAUACAGAACACCUUCUGCAUCUCCUGUCAGGUCAUACCGUUACAGCGGAAGAGUUGAACGUGACAGAUAUUCAAACUACAGAAGAUAUUCUCCUAGGCGCUAUAGAAGCCCACCGCUAAGAUACAGGCACAGAAGAAGCAGGACUCCCUCUGCAUCCCGUAGUCCUCGUUACCGUAGUCGUCGUUAUAGCCGUAGCCGAAGCCCCAUCAGGAGCCGUUCCCCAGUUGAGGGAUCCAGGUCUCGUUUGUCUCCUAGAGUAGGUAGGCGGAGAUCUCUUUCAAGGAGCAGAUCCCCAUCAAAAUCAAGGUCCCCUGCUGAUUCUCAAUCCCCCAGAAGAACGAGCAGAGAUAGGUCCAGGUCGCCUUCUGCGAGUCCAGUUGGGAAAAAAGGUCUGGUUUCUUACGGUGAUGGAUCUCCAGAUUCAGAUAGGUGAAAAAGAUCAUUGAAAGAACGAAGGUGUUCAGCUCUCUUCCUCUUGUCCUCGAAGGAGAAAAAAAAACAAUCCUUAUGAUUUCGUGGAGACCCAUCCAAAAUGGAUUCUAGGCUACUGUAUUAAAAUCCCGGCUUAGAUUUGUAUCAGAGUAUGCUUCCUAGGAUAUGUAGUGAAAUAAUAUUGUCUUGGAUCGUUUUUUUUUUCUUUUUGGUAUUCAGACAGUGUUUGUAUGUUUGUAGGUCGUUGGCCAGUUUGGGUAAGAUAUUCGAUAUCUUGCGUUGAUGAUUAAAAUUUGAAGAUUCUACUUGGCACAA